AUGACUAUAGACGACGAAGCCCCAUCCAGGGGCCAGGUCGCCCCCAAAUGGCGUGGUACCCAGGCCGACCAGGCUGAUAUGAGUACUCUGGGGAGAGAGCAGGUGUUGCGGCGUAACUUCCGAUUUAUCUCCAUUGUAGGAUUUGGCUGCACGCUGAUCGCUACGUGGGAGGUUGUUUUGACUUUGCUAACGCAAGGUCUAACCGAUGGAGGAACUGCCGGUUUGAUCUGGGGGUACCUCAUUGUCGCUGCUGGCUUCCUUCUUGUCUUCCUGAGUCUGGCCGAGAUGGCAUCCAUGGCCCCCACCUCCGGCGGACAGUACCACUGGGUAUCGGAGUUUGCUCCUCCUAGCUGCCAGAAAUUCCUCAGCUACAUCACCGGAUGGCUGUGCGCCUUGGGUUGGCAAUGUGCCAUCGUGUCAAUUGCCUAUCUGGCUGGAACUAUCAUUCAAGGCCUGAUCGUGCUGAACAAUCCGAAUUACGACGGCAAGCCGUGGCAUGGCACGCUCCUGGUGAUCGCUAUCACCUUGUUUUCGAUCAUAUUCAAUACCUUCCUGGCCAAGCGGCUACCCUUCAUCGAGGUAUUGAUUCUGAUCCUGCAUGUGUGCGGCCUGUUCGCUAUCAUGAUUCCGCUCUGGGUGCUUGGCCCUCGCCGUAGUGCGAAGCAGGUGUUUACCGAAUUCAACAACGGCGGAGACUGGAACAGCGACGGGACUGCCACUCUCGUUGGAUUCUCUACCACCAUCACUGCGUUAAUUGGAUAUGAUUGCGCGGUACACAUGUCGGAGGAGAUCAAAGAUGCGUCUGAGACCCUACCAAAGGCGAUGAUCACGUCUGUCUGCGUCAAUGCCGCCUCCGGUUUCCUGAUGCUGGUUACGGUCUGUUUCACGUUAGGCGACAUUGACGAAAUCCUAGCGAGCCCAACAGGGUACCCAUUCAUGCAGGUGUUCUACAACGCGACGGAGAGUCUGCCGGGAACAAAUACCAUGACCGCUAUUCUGGUCUUGACCCUGACGGCAAGCACGAUUACAGAAGUAGCAACGGCAUCGCGCCAGUUGUGGUCUUUUGCGCGUGAUCGCGGCCUUCCUUUCUCCGAGUUCUUCGGACAUGUAAAUCCCGGCUGGAACAUUCCCUUGAACGCCGUGAUGGUCUCUCUGGCAGUUACAAUUCUCUUGUCGCUCAUCAACAUCGGCUCUACCACCGCCCUUCUCGCCAUCGUGACCCUAACCAUUGGCGCAAUGAUGUCCUCGUACAUUAUCACGAUUGGCUGCGUCCUCCUCAAGCGUAUCAGAGGGCAGCCUCUCCCACCACACAGAUGGACGCUCGGCCGGUUCGGCAUGGCAAUCAACAUUGGGGCGCUGUGCUUCCUGUGCCCGGUCUUUGUGUUCGCCUUCUUCCCGCUCACUUCGACAGUGGAACCAGACACCAUGAACUGGUCCGCAGUAAUGUACGGGGGAAUUAUGAUGAUCGCGGUUGUGUAUUACGUGUUGCGGGGACGGCACCAUUAUAUCCCGCCUGUGGCGCUGGUGAAGCGGGAGAUGUAA